GCCAAGCAGUUAACAUCGAACCAAGUGAGCUGAGAGCCGAGAGGGUCAGACCCAACCGUUCUUACUUCUCAAUUGACACUUCUCCUAACUCCCCAAAGAACAAAGGACACACCUUUCCUCGGCCUUUCUCCAGAACUCCUUCUCCCUUUAAUCCCAAAGAGCCUAAAUCCCCUUUUCCUUAUCUGCUCUGUAUUUGGUCUCCUCGCUCAUCAGUCUCUCUCGUUCUGAUGGAGAAAGGCGAGCCUUCAAUGGUAGCAGAGCCAGAACAAGAAUCGGAAGAAGCCUUCACAAGCCAUCACCUCACAGUUCCACACGGCUUGACCCCGGCCGAGUUCGAAGAGUUAAAGCCACUCGUCAUCGAGUUCCACACCUACAGAAUCGGCCUGGGGAAAUGCUCUUCUCUUCUAGCUCAACGAAUCAACGCCCCGAUCGACGUUGUCUGGUCAAUACUGCGGCGUUUCGAUAAGCCACGGACGUACAAGCACUUCAUCAAGAGCUGCUCCGUGAAGGAGGGUUUUGAAAUGACGGUGGGCUGCACGAGGGAUGUGAUCGUCAUCUCCGGGUUACCGGCUGCGACCAGUACGGAGAGGCUGGAUAUACUGGACGAUGACCGGCACGUGACCGGGUUCAGUAUCACUGGAGGAGAGCAUAGGCUGAGGAAUUACAGGUCAGUGACGACAGUGCAUACGGUCGUGAGUGACGGAAGGAUCUGGACCGUUGUUUUGGAAUCUUACGUAGUUGAUGUGCCCGAGGGCAAUACUGAGGAGGAUACCCGUCUUUUCGCGGAUACCGUCGUUAAGUUGAACCUGCAGAAGCUGGCGACUGUCACUGAAGGAAUGGGCGAUGGCCGUGAUGGUGACGGUAAGUCACCGUCUGUUUAACACCAAAAAAUUGAAAAAAUCAAGAAAAUCAAAAUCACUAGUUCUUUUGUUAAGACCUUUUUUUUUUCCCUCUGCCUUCUUGUUACCUUUUUGUAAAAUUCCUAAAAUAUUCUCGAUCUGCAUAACUUCAAGUCUUCAAGAGGAAGAUUUCUACUUCUGCUGCUGCUGCUGGGUACCAUAAAAAAAAUGCAAGGUCUUUGAAAUUUGUAUCUUUGGUUUGGUGAAUGUAGAUGGUUUAAACGGGGAAAAGUCCCAUCUUUGUACAUUUUUUGGUUUUGAUUAUGUAAAAACCCAAUUCUGUCUUUGUGGAUUUGCACAAUUCAAAACAUGCAUUACCAGAUUGAGUUUC